GAGACGCGGCGUGCGUGGUGGGCGUCCGCAGUGACAAGUUGAGCACCACGACGCAAUUCAUGACGAUGAUCGUGGCGACCACCAUGACGAAGAUGAGGUACCUGCGGAGCCCGCCGCGCGUGACCCCACUGCGGCCCGCGGCCCGGCCCGUGACCUCACAAACGACCCUCUCCGGCGGCGGGACCGGACGCGUGCCCCGGUGGCCCUCCUUCCGCCGCCGCCGCCGGCCAUGCAGGGGACCCCCAGCUCCCUGGAGACCCUGCUGUGGGUCUACCACUUCCACAGCUCCACGGAGGUGGCCCUGCAGCCCCCGCUCCCGUCCUCCCUGGAACUCGCUGUGGCCGCGGCCCAUGAAUUUCUGGAGCAGAGGUUCAGGGAGCUCGAGUCCCUGGAGUCGCAGCGGCCGCAUGCCCCGAAGCCCACCCUGGGGCUGGUGCUGAGAGAAGCCGCGGCCAGCGUCGUGAGCUUCGGCGCCACCUUGUUCGAGAUCUCCGCCCUGCGGCUGCAGCAGGAGGUGCGGCGGCUGGACGGCGGCGCCGGCAGCUCGGGCCCAGCCCGGGGCGCCGGGGAUCCGGGCGGAGCGCUGGCCCGGAUGGCCCGCGCCGCGGUCCGGGGGGCGCGGCACGCGGGGGCAGCGGCGGGCACUAGCGCCCGGCUCGCGCUGCAGGGGGCGUGGCUGUGCCUGUGCGGGCGGGGCCUGCAGGGGUCCGCCUCCCUCCUGCAGCAGUGGCGACGUCAGCUGGGCCUGGGGACCCCCGGGGAACAGAGAUACUCGGGAGACCUCCAGGUGGCAUCCAGUGGCAGCGCGGAGAACGGGGGACCGGAGAACCCGCCGCCGCCGCCGCAGCCCCGCCCCGCGUUCCAAUAAAGCCCAGACGGGACCGACCCAGA